AUGGGUGAUGUUGAUCUCGAGCAUAUGAUAGUCGCAUCUACGUCGUCAUUUGUGGUUAAACUAUUUUUAUUUAUACUUUAUAAAUGA